AAUACAACACCUUCUUCCAUCAUCGCAUGAACUUUGAAGGAGACAAGGCAACGCGCUCGUUUCUGCCUUGCUCUCGAUCCUCCUCACUCAUGCGCGACUGAAUCACGCGCUUUCCAUCCUGGACACGCCAAAACACGGAGCGUAGGCGCACCCCUUCGCCAGCAUGGACGACUCGAUGGACGUCUCCGACUAUGAAGUGAAUGUUUCGAGUGACUUUGAGCCCGUCACCAAGCCGAAAGCAAAGCCCGCGGCGAAGAAGGUUGCAGCUGCACCCAAACCAAAGGCAGCACCGAAACAGACCACUCUGAAGGUCACCAAGACCACCCUCCCCGCCAAACCCAAGCCCAAGAAGCGCGCAAAACCCGACUCCGAUGAAGAAAACUCCGACCUCGACGUAGAUUCGGAUCACGACGAUUCCCUCCUCUCCAACACCCCUCCCUCCGCGAAGAAACAGAAGAAGACGAUCGCGCGCCCUCCCAAAGCAAGCGCGCAGCCGUUGGCUGAGCUGGCCAACGAAAGCUUCAACAUGGAUGGCGCCGGAGAUGUCAAGCCGCCGUCGGCCAAGAAGAAGAAGGGUGGUGCUACGGAUCAAUACCAAAAGCUCACCCAGCUGGAGCACAUUCUCAAGCGUCCCGACACGUAUAUCGGAUCCGUCGAGCGUACCGAAGAGCAGAUGUGGGUCUACAACUCCGAGACUGACGCGAUGGAGAAUCGCAAAGUCAGCUACGUACCGGGCUUGUACAAGAUCUUUGACGAAAUCCUGGUCAACGCCGCCGACAACAAGCAGCGCGACAAGAACAUGAACGAGUUGCGGGUUUGGGUGAACGCGGAGAAGGGAGUGAUUGCAGUGCGCAACAACGGCCGCGGUAUUCCCAUCGAAAUCCACGACAAGGAGGGCAUCUACAUCCCCGAGAUGAUCUUUGGCCACCUCCUCACCUCCUCCAACUACGACGAUGAUGAAGCCAAGGUCACCGGCGGACGCAACGGCUACGGUGCGAAGCUGACGAACAUCUACUCCACCCAAUUCGAUCUCGAGACCGUCGACUCUCGUCAGAAGAAGAGGUACAAGCAGACGUGGCGGAGCAACAUGAGCGUCAUGGAAAAGGCCAAGAUUGAUACCAUCAAGGGUGACGAGGACUACACCAAGAUCACUUUCAUGCCUGACUUCAAGAAGUUUGGCAUGGACAGGAUGGAUGAAGACUUUGAGGCUCUGGUGAAGCGUCGCGUCUACGACAUGGCCGGGACUUGCACCGGCGUCAAGGUCUACCUCAACAAUGACCGCAUCAAGAUUACCAAGUUCAAGCAGUACAUGGAGAUGUACACCAAGGCCAUCAAGACGGAGAAUAUCGAGAAUGACGGCAAGGCUCCGGAGCAGGUCAUCCUCACGGACAAUCCGCAUGAGAGAUGGGAGAUUGGAUUUGCAGUGUCUGAUGGCUCCUUCCAGCAAGUGUCGUUCGUCAACUCCAUUGCUACGACAUCCGGCGGCACGCACAUCAACUUCAUUGCCGAUCAGAUUUGCGAGAAGCUGGAGGAGAUUGUCAACAAGAAGAACAAGGGUGGUGUCAAGUUGAAGAAGGCGCAGAUUCGGAACCACAUCUUCUUGUUCGUCAAUGCUCUGAUUGUCAAUCCGGCCUUUACCUCCCAGACGAAGGAGCAACUCACCACCAAGCCGAGUCAGUUUGGCAGCAAGCCUCAAGUCAGCGAGAAGUUUUUGACGGCCAUUUCGAAGACCAAAGCCGUGGAGAACAUCAUUCACUUUGCGCAGCAAAAGGCGGACAAGGUGCUAGCCAAGUCGGAUGGAAAUCGUCGCCAGCGCAUGAACAAUUCCAAGCUCACUGACGCGAACAAGGCUGGCACGAAGGAUGGGUACAAGUGUACGUUGAUCUUGACCGAAGGUGAUUCGGCGUCCUUGCUGGCCCUGGCCGGUCGUGCUGUGGUCAAUCCAGAUCUCUUUGGCGUCUUUCCCCUCCGUGGAAAGAUUCUCAACGUCCGCGAUGCAUCGAUUGAUCAGAUUUCCAAGAAUCAGGAGAUUCAGAACAUCAAAAAGUUCAUGGGCUUGCAGCACAAGAAGGAGUACACCGAUACAAAGAGCUUGCGCUACGGCCAUCUCAUGAUCAUGACGGAUCAGGAUCACGACGGCUCUCACAUCAAAGGUCUUCUCAUCAACUUCCUGCAGGUGCAAUACCCGAGCUUGUUAAAGUUGGACGGCUUUCUCAUGGAGUUCAUCACGCCUAUUGUGAAAGUGUGGAAGGGGGAUCCGAAGAAUCCAAAGGCCAAAAAGGAUUUCUUCACCAUGCCGGAGUAUGAAGCCUGGAGGCUCGAGCCCGGACAUCAAAAAGGCUGGGAGCACAAGUACUUCAAGGGGUUGGGUACUUCCGACACCACCGACGCCGAAAUCUACUUUCAGGAUCUCGACCGCCAUUUGAAGGAAUUUCACAAAAUUCGCGAAGGCGAGGCGGAGAUGAUUGACCUGGCGUUUUCCAAGAAAAAGGCCGAUGCGCGGAAGCAGUGGUUGGGGAAUUUCGUCCCCGGCACAUAUCUCAACAUGGCUGGGACGGACAAGAUCUCCUAUGACGACUUUAUCAACAAAGAGCUGAUCCUCUUCUCCAUGGCCGACAACAUGCGCUCCAUUCCUUCCGUCAUUGACGGCUUCAAGCCCGGUCAGCGCAAGGUGUUGUACACUUGCUUCCGUCGCAAUCUGAAAAAGGAUAUCAAGGUGGUCGAGCUGGCGGGAUCUGUUUCCGGUCUGACUGCUUAUGCGUACGGCGAGACAUCGCUGCAGCAGACUAUUGUUGGCCUGGCUCAGAACUUUGUCGGGUCGAACAACAUCAACUGUCUGGAGCCGAGUGGCAACUUUGGAUCACGUCUGCAGGGUGGUCAGGAUGCGGCCAGCGCUCGUUACAUCUACACGAGACUGUCUCCGUUUGCCCGCCGAAUCUUUCAUCAGAGUGAUGAGGCACUUCUCGCGUACAACACGGAUGAUGGGAGGACGAUUGAGCCGGAGAUGUACGUGCCCGUCGUCCCCAUGAUUCUCAUCAACGGCGCGGAUGGCAUUGGCACCGGCUGGAGCACGUCGAUUCCCAAUUACAAGCCCGAGGACGUGAUUGAGAAUCUGAAGCGUCGUAUGGACGGUGAUUCGAAGGAUGCCAUGCUGCCGAUGAUUCCGUGGUUCCGCGGCUGGAGUGGCGAGACUGAGCCCAUGGACGAGAAUGGCGAUCGAUUCAAGUUCAGCGGCACCAUCACCGAGACUGGCGAGAAUGAAGUCGAAAUCACCGAGCUUCCCGUCCGCGUCUGGACACAAGACUUCAAGGAUAAGCUCGAGGAGAUUAUCAAGGCGGAAAAGGUGCCCUCCUUCAUCAAAGACUACACCGAGUACAAUACUCCUUCCAAGGUCCACUUUAUCGUCAAGUUGGAGGAGAAGAAGAUGAAGGAGCACGCCAACAAGCUGGAGGAGCUGUUCAAGCUGUCCAAGUCCAUGGCCACGUCCAAUCUAGUGGCUUUUGAUGCCCAAGGCCGGAUUCACAAAUACGCCUCCCCGCUGGAUAUCAUGGAGGAAUUUUAUCACGUCCGCCUGCUCACCUAUCAAAAGCGCAAGCAGCACCUGCUCAGUGAGAUGCAAAAGGAGUUGGAGCGGCUGAGCAAUCAGGCACGCUUCGUCACCAUGAUUAUCGAUGGGAAGCUGGUCGUCAGCAAGAAGAAGAAGGGAGUGCUGGUGGCCGAGCUGCAGAGCUUGAAGUUUACCCGCUUCCCCAAGGUCGUUGACGCGAAGAAGUCGGGGGAAUUUGAGCCGGUGGUGGAAGAGGAGGAGGAGGGUGAUGAUGCGGAGGUUGAAGCGGGCGCCAGCGAUUACGACUACCUCCUCGGCAUGGCCAUCUGGUCGCUGACUCAGGAGCGGGUGGAGAAGCUGAAGCGACAGAUUGGCGACAAGCAGGAUGAGAUUGACGCGCUGAUCAAGCGGAGCGAAAAGGAGCUCUGGCGUCAGGAUCUGGACGAGUUGUUGCUGGAGUGGCAGACGCAGCUCUCGGACGAGGCGAAGCGGGAGAAGAAGGUCAGGGCCAAGGGCCGUCGUGCGUCUGCGAAGCUUGGCAUAGGAGGCAAGCCGAAGAAGCGCAAGGCGGGUGAUGACAGCGACUUUUCCGAUUCCGACUUUGCCGCCGUCAAGAAGCCGAAGCAGACUGCUACUGCAAAGUUGAAGGCUGGAUUGUUGGGGAAGCCGGAGGAGAAGCCUGCGGGUGUGUAUCCGGUGGUGAAUGGGGUGGAGCAGAAGCCGGUGGUGAAUGUGGUGGGGGAGCAGAUGGUGCAGGCUGUGGUGAAGCCUGUUGUGGUGAAGCCCGCUGCGGUCAAGGAUGCCGUGGUCAAGCCGGCCCCCAAGAAGAAGGUGGAAAUCUCCGAGGACGACGACAGCGAUGAGGACGUCUUUCAGGCCGUGGCAAAAGAAGCCGCAUCCAAACCCGCCCCCGCCCGCACCGGACGAGCAGCCGCCCAGAAGCCGAAAAAGUACCACCAAGACUCCGACUCGGACAUCUCCAUGGAUGAUGUCAAUCUGCUCGGCGAUGUCAGCACAAUGGUCAAAGGCAUCGGCGCCAAGCAGAGUGAAGGACCUACCCGCUUCUUCCACCCCCCUUCCGCUUCACGUCCAUCUAGCAGUCACGGCAUGAAGAUGGGUAAGGUGCGGAAGAGCACGCUCGGCUCCGACAUCUCCGACGACGAGACGAAUUGGGAUGCGCUGGAGCAGAACUCACCUCGCAAGGUCACGAAUCGGACGGUGCUGUCGGAUGACGAGGAUGAUGUGGUGAUUCCAGCGGUGAAGGCGUUGAAGGGGAAGGAGACUGUUGCGCUGAAGCAGAAGAAGUCUAUCCUUCCUGCGGUGGCGGCAAAGACUCUCUCCCCGGCUGCCAAGGCGUACGCGGCGAAGCAAGCCAAGGCUGGUGCGUUGAAGCCUGUGGUGAAGAAGAAGAAGACGUUUGAUUCGGAUGAUGAUGUGGAUGCUCUGGCGGAGGAGCUCCUCAGCGAUGAUGAGAGUCCGGUCAAGCCAACGGCCAGGCCCGCUCGUCGUGCUGCGGCUGCUCCAAAGUCGAGGUAUGUGGAUGAUGAGGAGGAUGAUGACGGUGAUAGUUUUGAUGUCGAGGAGGAGGAGAGUGAUUAGGAGUUUCAUAUCGCAUGUUAUUAGCUUGCCCAACGCCAUUGCUGUGCUAAUAUCCUCGUGAUGACUAAUACGGCACUCACUUCCGAGCUGACUCGUCCUUUUACAGAGUGCGGGGGUGGGGAAACCGACCUCAUACGACAUUGCCUCGGGGG